GUACUGGUACCAAUAUUUAUUGAUGUAAUGGGUAUUGAAAACUCAUCACAAUUUAUUUGUUUGAUAUUUAUUUAAAAGGCGCAAUUUUAAAGUUUUGCAGUGUUUUGAAUAUUUACGUUAAUAUAUUGAUGAUGUCUCGGCGUGCGCAUCGUGAAAUUCCACAGCUGGAAAAUGAUUCAAUUGUGGCUGUGAAAGGGAAAAUCAAAAGCGUCUACUGCAAAAAUUUCGUGACCUACGGGGAAUGCACUUUUCACCCUACCGAGUAUUUGAAUGUUAUUAUCGGGCCUAAUGGGACCGGCAAAUCAACGCUGGUUGCGGCCAUAGUUUUAGGGCUAGGCGGAAAGCCCGAGCUACUUUCCCGUUCGAGUUCAAUUGGUGACUAUGUUAAAAAUGGGCGCGAUGAGGCCAUGAUUAGAGUUGAAAUCUUCCGCGAAACUUAUAACAAGUCGACGAUAUUCCAACGAUGUUUUCCACGCAGCGGUAAAUCCACUUAUAAAAUCGGAGAAGACACCGUGUCAGAGAGAACCUACUUAGCUGCUAUAAUGGAAUUCAAGAUACAAAUAGGCAAUUUAUGCCAAUUCCUGCCACAGGACCGUGUGCAGGAUUUCGCUAAAAUGGAUCCACAAAAAAUCUUUUUUAAUACUAUCAACUCAGUCUGUAGCCCAGAAACACUAAAUACUUUCGAUGAACUAAAAAAACUACGUCUCAACCAAACGAACGAAGCCGAUGGCGUUAGAAAGAAAAAAGAAGAAUUGGAACAGCUGCAGGCGCAGUGCCAUAUACUUUGCCAACGUUUAGAGCGAUUCAAUGAGCAGCAAGAAUAUCAGAAUAAGUUAGAUGUUUGUCAUGCGAAAAAAUUGCAACUGGAAGUGCGCGCUUUGGAUGAAAAGAAAAAACAAGAAACAAAAGAUCUAUUGCUAGCUAAAACAAAACUCGAAGAAGAACAGAAAAAAUAUGAUAUCAUUAUUCGGCGUCAGCAUGAUAUAUCGAAAACUUCUCAACAACUUGCUAAGGAUAUUGCUUCAAAAGAACGAGAGGAGCAAACAGUUAUAGCUAAAAAGCAGCGCAUCGAAGAGCAAAUAAAGAUACUAAAGGACCGUAUCGAACAAGCUCGAACUACAUAUUUAAAAAAGAAACGAGAGAAAGCGGAUUAUGAUAAUGAAUUACAAAAUGAGACUAGAAUAUUGCGACUUUUUCUUGAUGAUCUAACGAAGGCAAAGGAGAAUAUAGAUGCGGAUAAAGACUGGAAAUCUGAAAAACUAGCACUUACUCAAAAGCUUCAACGUUUGAAGGAAGAGCUAGCUGGCUAUAUGAAAACCCGUUCGGAAAUUAACAGCAAAUUAGAUGAACAGUAUACGCCAGAUAUUGGUUUAUUGACAAGAAGACUUGAACGUGCAAAUGAUGUUCAUGCGCAAAAGUUACAGUUAAUACGAGAGAAAUACCCCGAAGUGUAUCGAGGUGUACAAUGGUUAAAUGAUCAUAAGGAUUUAUUUCAAGGCCGUGUAUAUAAUCCAAUGAUAUUGGAGCUGAGCGUACGGGAUCCUGAUCAUGCCAAGUAUUUCGAAAACACAAUAAGUAUUCGAGAUUUACUUGCAUUCACUUGCGAAAACAAAGAAGAUGUCUCGCUGCUGGUCAAUGAGUUAUGCGUUAAACAAAAAUUACAAGUUAGUGUUGGCCAUGCUCCGCCAGCUAGUAAAAUAAAUUACCGUGCGGAUGUAUCAAUAGAUUCCUUAAGAUCCUGCGGCUUUACUGCAUAUUUAAUUGACUUGAUUGACGGCCCGCCGGCCAUAAUUAAUUAUUUAUGCAAUUUGAAUGGCAUUCAUAGAAUACCGAUUGGUUCAUCUGUUGUUAAUGAGAAAGCAGAUGACGUUCCGAAUAAUAUAAACUUCUUCUUCGGGGGCGAUCAACUGUACUCUGUUAAGGUAUCCAGAUAUUCAGGAGAAAAAUCAAUUUUACAAAAUCAAAUUAUAGGUAAAAAUCUGUUGACUAGUAGAAAUACCAACCAGAUUUUAGAGGAUGAGAAUAGGCUGCGUGGACUAAAGCGUGGCAGUGAUGCACUAAAAAAUCAGCGUACAGCUUUGGAAAAUAAAAUUGAAGAAACAAAUGUGAAACGCGAAGAAGUAAUGGCCAGAAACCGUACUAUUGAGGGUAAGAUAGCGGAGAGAGGACAAUUGGAAGAGAAAUGUCGACGGCAGAAUGAUAAAGUGAAACAGUUAAGGAACAACGUCAUCAAUUUGCCCGAGUUGGAAAAAAACUUCUCCGAAAAAGUGAAAAGUUGUCUGCAAGAAAUAAUGCAGCUUCAAAGUGAAAAAAUUGAGAUUUUAAAGAGCCUGCAACAAGCUUUACUUAACAAAAAAAUCGCAGUUAUGAAAGAGCGUAUUUUUAAGCAAGAGAACGAAGAGCUCAUCAACACUAUCAGGGAAACGACAGAUAGCAAAGCUCAAGCAUCGCGUAUGGUCGAAACAAUAACCAGAACAAUGGAAAAGACAACACAGCUACAUGAUUCAAAAACUGCAGAAGCUAGAAAGGCUAAAAGAGAGUGUAAGUCACUUGAGCUUUUCAAUCAGCUGCCAGAUACUAUGGAUGAACUGAAGGAAGCUAUCAACGAAUUUAAAGCGCGUUUGGAAUGCAUGGGAGAUGUCGACAAAAAUAUUGUUGCAGAAUAUAAACAGAAAUGUGCGGAUAUAGAAAAACUAAAGGAAGAAAUGCAGAACUCUGAACACAAUCGUCAGGAUAUAGCAAUGAAGAUACGGACUCUGCAUGACGGCUGGUAUCCCGAAAUCGAGGGCAUUGUCACUACUCUAAACAUACAUUUCAGCGAUUUUAUGACUUCUAUGGGUUAUGUAGGGGAAGUAAACUUGGUUAGGCGAGAAGAGUUUGAUUACGAUACGUAUGGUAUACAAAUAAUGGUGCAGUAUCGCAGCAACGCACAACUACAGGCGCUUGACCGACACACUCAAUCCGGGGGCGAAAGAGCAGUAGCAAUCGCGACUUACACGCUGUCAUUACAACACAUUACCCACGUACCAUUCCGCUGUGUCGAUGAAAUAAAUCAAGGCAUGGAUGCAAAUAAUGAGCGUAAAAUAUUUGAAAUGCUUGUUAAAGAAACUACCCAAACUGGACGUGCACAAUACUUUUUUGUUACCCCAAAGCUCUUGCCGAAUUUGCUGUACAACGAGCGUAUGUCUGUGCACAUAGUUUUCAAUGGCAAAAUGGUUAAAUCGCCAAAUGCUUUCGCAUUCCAAAUGUAGUAUUAUAAAUACCUAAUACUUAUUUAUAUACCUUGAAAUACCUUUAAUUUAAUUUUUCAUUCAAUGCAAAUAAGCUUUAAUAAA